AUGGACGGCGAAACUCAUUCUCAAAGCCUGUUGCAAUCCGUGCUUGGAUUAUUCGCUCGAAAACAACCGCAAAAGUCGGCAAAACCGGCGUCACUGAGAUCACGGAAGCGCGAGGCCUGGUUACGGACGGAUGCAUUUCUGCAGCGCGACGAUAUUGGCGAGGCUGACCCAGAGAGCGUUGCAAGGACUCUGCGCGCAUUUGAAAACCUUGUUCAAGACGACUCUGAUCAAGAGAUAGAUUUCUUCACGAAGCAGAACUUCCAAACCCCCGGAAACGAGCGCUAUCCGAAGCUUCGCCGCAUGAUCGAGAAUCCGAAUCGCGAUCCGCAUGCCGACUCAGGCACUGUCAUUCGUGUUACUAAACGGAGACGAGAAUGCGACGAUGCUAUUCAGGAACUUUUUCAUUUGGAACAGGAGGGAAAGAAGCGCCGAGUUCUGCCUCGUGAAGACCUAAAUCAUGAGUCCAAUCUCGAAGACCCCGAUGCCGACUUCGCCGUUUUGAUGAGGAGACAUUUGGUGUCCUUGGACAAUGCGUUGCGAAAACACUGGGUUUGCAUUUGCCAGAAAUGCUCAGGGUUGAGCGUGAGACUGUCGCCACCACAAAACAAAAAGGAUCUUGAGGCUGAGGCGAGUUUCGAAGUAUUCUUCGGCGUGCGCUCCAUGCCUGCAACUGCAUUGCAAGAAGCUAAAAUCACGGUCAAAGAUCUACACAACAGCUCAUUGAGGCGCUUCUCUGAGCCUAUACUUAGCAGCCCACCCGACUUUGCUCACAUAUGCCAAAGCAUCACAGAGUCCCUUGGUCAACGAAAUUGCUUGCAUUUUACUCUCGAGGAUGGAUUAUUUCAGAAGCUUCGCCCGCAGCCAAAGACAUUUGGUAGUGACCGGGUGUCUCAGACAGUCUCCUUGUCGGCAUUUUUCAAUCGCCAGCAAGAAUUACUUCGUGGUGAGUCGGUACUGCCGCUCAAGGGGAAGCGAAUUUUGGCUGUUACACUGGCUUCAGCACUUCUUCCUUUUUUGGAGACACCGUGGCUGCAAUUUUCCUUCAAUCACUCAAAGAUUCAGUUCUUUGAGCCACGGCAGGAUGGGGAACUCCCCAACAUCACGAAACCUUUCCUGGCUUUAGAACACGUUCCAAUCAUCUCAGCCCGUGGUACAGACACCAGAGACAGCUCUGGGGCCAUGAAACACAUGGUUCAUCCAAAUGCCAAGCAGAUGGGACAGGACCCGCAUGUCGCCAGGAACGUCAAUGAUGACUUUUAUACCUGCCUCGAUAAGCUUCAAACUCUGGAAGACGACGCUGGCGUGGAUUACUAUCUCGCUACGAAAGCAUGCCUUACUGGGGAGUACUAUCCCCUUGGACAGCACGCUGACUUCGAGGAUGUCAACGUUCAGCGGCUUUUCUACCAAAACGUCGUCAAACGACUUGAGGCCGUGAUAUUCAAGGCAUGGGGUAUUCGGUUAGAAAACUUGGGUUCAUUCGAUUCUCGACAGAAUUCAUCCUGCUGGGGCUCAAUCGGUCGAGAAGUUGUCCGCCUCCAUACAGGCAAGGUCGAUUCCUCUAAUACAAACAAUACAGCCAGAGAAAGUCAGCAUCGCUCAAUGUCUGACGCCUCGCUCGUGAGCUACGCAUCCCUUCACUCAGAUAUCAUGCUACGGAUAUCGGCACAACCUUCUUCUGAAUCGCGAACCCACAAAUACCCCCCGGAGCCUUCAAAAAAGAGCUUUUACUUUUUUGAUGCAUGCCACCAGACGGGUGCUGAACAAGAAAAUUCACUCUCGGAAAAAUGGAUGGACAAUCUGCUGUCCUCGAUCUAUCCCUAUGUUAACCCUGAUUUUGACCUUGCCGAACCGGUACGAAUAGCGAUUUUGGACUCGGGACUCGAUCCAGAAAACCCAUUCCUGGUCGAGGACCAACAAAGCGCCAACCCACGAAUCAAGGAAGCACGAAGUUUUGUACAUGGAACAGAACCCCACGACAUUCGAGACGAGAUCGGGCACGGCACUCAUGCUCUUGGCCUUCUUCUCAAAGUUGCGCCAGGCGCUGAGAUCUAUGCCAUUGAUUAUGCAGUUAAUCAAUGGAAAGUGGACAUUAUAUCAAUGUCAUUCGGAAUUCGUGAAUAUCACGAGCUCAUGAGCACGGCUAUAUCUAAUGCGUUGAACAAGCGAACGUUGUUGUUCGCGGCAGCAUCGAAUGAUGGAGCAAAUCUUGGUAGAGCUUUUCCAGCUCAAUAUCCCAGCGUCUUUUGUAUACAUUCAACCGAUGGAAAUGGUAAUCCCUCCAAUUUCAACCCUACAGCAAGCAAAACGGACGUCAACUUCAGUCUACUUGGGGAGUAUGUCUCCUCUCACUGGCCGGCUGGCAUGAACGGACACGAUCAAACUGUCAAUGUUAUGUCAGGAACAUCGGUCGCAACACCGAUCGCGGCCGGCCUGGCCGCGUCGGUUCUAUCUUUUGUCCGGCAAGAGGAUCAGCGCAUCGCUGUAGAAAGCGAGAGGCUGGGCCCGUGGCUAAAAAGGGACAAUUCCAUGGAUGCGGUCUUCAAGAGUAUGGUCAAACAGAAGCGAGGGGCGGGCUACGACUAUAUCACGCCUCAUGUGCUCUUCGAUAGCGGUUUGACAAGGGAGAAUGUUUACGGGAAAAUCAAGGAUAUCAAAAGGAACAUGUACAAGUACUAG